AUGGAUCAUUACCUUAUUGAAUCGUUACAAGACCAGGUGCUUAGAGGGAAUAAAAUUGGUAAUGGAUUUGUGGUCGAGGCAUGGAUUGAAAUGGUUAGACUGUUCAAUGCAAAAUUUGGAUCUCACCAUGACAAAGAUGGUCUGAGGAAUAGAUACAAACAUUUAAGGGGACAAUAUAAUGAUAUAAAGGUUCUUCUUGAUCAGAGUGGGUUUUCUUGGGAUGAAACAGGAGAAAUGGUAACUGCUGAGGAUUAUGUCUGGGAUUCUUAUACCAAGGUGCAUCCUGAUGCUCAGUCAUAUAGAAAUAAAUCUGUUCCCAGCUAUCACAAAUUAUGUGUUAUAUAUGGUGAAGAAGUUUGUAAUGGAAGAUAUCGCAUUUCGACAUGCAAUGCAGAUCUUGACAGUGAUGAACCAGAAUUGAGAAUUGGGGAGGAUAUGAAUAUUCAAUGCUAUGCAAACAGUGGUUGUUCGACAACAGAUUGGACACCUUCAAUGGACCGUUAUCUCAUAGAUGUAAUGCUAGAGGAAGUGCAUAAGGGGAAGAAGAUUGACUACACCUUCAACAAUCAAGCAUGGAUAGAUAUGUUUAUGUUGUUCAAGGAACGAUUCUCAUUACAACAUGACAAAGAUUUUCCGAAAAGUCGUUAUAGAAGUUUGGAAAAGCAGUACUUUGAUAUGAAAAAUCUUCUUGAACAGAGACGAUUUUCAUGGGAUGAAACACAGCAAAUGGUCACAGCUUUUGAUGAUGUUUGGGAUGCAUAUGUGAAGGAAAACCCAGAUGCAAAACCAUGCCGAAUCAUGCCGAUGCCAAAUUAUAAUGACUUGUGCUUGAUUUAUGGAAAUCCAGCUUCUGAUGAACGGUGUAACGAAGCACGUCAAGAUCUAGGAUGUAAUGGUUUUGGUGAGAUUUUGGUUCGACAAGCUUAUAAGCAAUCUCAGCAUUUGCCUAUUUUUUCCCUCUUCAAGUAUUUGGUCUUUAGUCAAUGA